AAUCAACAGGAAGGAGAUACUGCUGAUAAGGUUGAGGAACAAGUUGAUGAAGAAGAUGAUACUGAAGUGGAUGAUGAUGAAGAUGAGGAUGAUACUGAGGCUGGGGAUGAUGAAGAGAAAGAAAAUGAAAAUAAGGAACAGGUAAUAGAAAAUGCAGAAGGGACUCUUGUUGACAUGCCUUCUGGGACAGAACCAAUUCCACCAGUUGCGGCACAAGAAGCAGGAGAUAACCAGGACAAUAAAGAAAAACUUGUUAAUGGUGACAACAGCGAGGAAAAAACACAGGAGGGUGAAACCAAAGAAGUAAAGAUGGAUGAAGAGGAGAAUAAGGAAGGUGAACCAAAAGAAGGGGAGGGCACCAAAGAGGAGGGUAGUUGGUGGUCAGGUUGGUUUGAUGGAGAUACUCCUGAUGAGGAUGGUAGUUCAACAGAAGCAACAGAAGUUGAUGACCUGAAUGCACUUCUAGAGAGCAACUACGAGAAAAAUCUUGAGACAGCUGAUGGUGUGGACACCAACAAGGAUAAAGAUGACUUGGACAAACAACCUAUUGAUGCAACCAAAGAAGAAAAGAAUCCAGUAGAUGAAAAUAUAGGUGGAGCACCACUUGAUGAUAUUGAUAAAACUCCAGGGGAAAAUGUUGAAAAUGAGGAUAAACCAGUUAAAGACAAUGAGCCAGCCACUCAUACAGAUGAUGCU